UUUCGACGUGCUGAUAGCCAAAUUAUGCAAACAAGAUGUCAGCCUCCAUGAGAACGUGUUUUUUGAGAAGGCCAACAGUAAUUAAACAGUACUUUGGAACUGUCAGUGGUCAUUAUGCAUUGACACGUGCUGCAUGUCAAAGAGCUAGUAUAAUUACACCUGCCUCCUGGGACAACCUGACCAAGAUCCCAAUAUACCAGUGUGGCUCUGUGUUACCAUGGCAACAAUCAAAAGGAUUUCACACAAGUGUGUCAUGUUGGUCUGCAGAAGAAAGUACAAAUACAGAAAAGGAGGAGAAGGAGGAAGAAGAUUUUCAUACUAUCAUCAAAAAUACAGAAAGAUCUAAAGGUCCAUCUGACAAGCUCGAGUUUCAGGCAGAGACCAGAAAACUGUUGGACAUUGUGGCGAGAUCACUAUACAGUGAGAAAGAGGUAUUUAUACGAGAGUUGAUUUCGAACUCAAGUGAUGCACUGGAGAAGUUACGCUACAGGCAAAUGGCGGAGGAGAAUGUAGAAGACAGUCACCUCCCCCUGGAGAUAGAUAUUGCUGGUGACGAACAGAAGAAAACUAUUACUAUCCAGGAUACAGGAAUUGGUAUGACACGUGAAGAAAUGAUAGAAAACCUUGGAACUAUUGCACAUUCCGGCUCAAAAGCUUUCUUAGACACACUGAAGGACAGUUCGGAUGCAAACAAGAAUAUUAUUGGUCAGUUUGGUGUGGGUUUCUACUCGUCAUUCAUGGUAGGACAUCAGGUUGAUGUGUACAGCAAAUCAUACAAGCCUGGAUCUAAGGCAUUCAAAUGGUCCUCAGAUGGCACUGGUACCUAUGAGCUAGCAGAGGCAGAGGGGGUACAGAGAGGAACCAAGAUUGUCAUACAUUUGAAGCCAGAGAGUCAUGAAUUCUGUGUGGAGAGCUACAUCAAAGAUGUGAUCACAAAAUACAGUAACUUUGUUGGUGUUUCUAUCUUUCUGAAUGGCAAGAAAGUCAAUGUAGUGCAGGCACUAUGGACUCUUGACCCUAGGGAAGUCACGGAAGAGAUGCAUGAAGAGUUUUACAGACUGAUCGCUAAUACUUACGAUAGGCCCAGAUACAGUCUCCACUAUAAAACAGAUGCUCCACUCAAUAUACGGGCCAUUUUCUAUGUACCUCAAUAUAAACCAUCAUUGUUUGACAUGAGCCGGGAGACAGAGGUCAGUCUACAAUUAUACAGUCGGAAAGUUAUGAUUAUGUCCAAGUCAAAUACGAUAUUACCUAAAUGGCUUAGAUUCAUGAAAGGAGUUGUGGAUAGUGAGGAUAUCCCACUGAAUUUAAGCAGAGAAUUGUUACAAGACAGUGGACUUAUCAGAAAGCUGAACCAGGUGCUUACAAAUCGUCUGAUAAAGUUUUUCCAAGAUAAGGCUAAGAAAGACCCUGUGGAGUAUCACGCUUUCUAUGAGGACUAUGGCUUAUUCUUCAGAGAGGGUAUAGUUACCUCCCCUGAACAGGAUACUAGAGAAGGCAUCGCAAAGCUUCUUAGGUUUGAGUCGUCCAAACUUCCAGCAGGGGAGAAAACCAGUAUUGAAGAUUAUUGCAGCAGAAUGAAGGCAGGAAAAAGAAAUAUAUUCUACUUGUCAGCUCCAAGUCGAGAAAUUGCUGAAGGAUCUCCAUACCUGGAAGCAUUGCGGAAGAAAGAUGCUGAAGUUCUGUUUUUGUAUGAACCAUACGAUGAAUUGGUACUGAUGAAUCUCGGACAGUUUGAGAAGAAAACUUUGAAAUCUAUAGAGAAUGAAUUAGUGGAAGACAAGGAAGACAACACCAACACUGUUGAUGAAAAAGAUGAGAACAGUUUAAAGCAGGAGGAAGCUGAGACAUUGAUGAAUUGGUUAAAGUCAACACUUACAAACAGAGUGCAGGAGGUCAAGAUCACCAAAAGAUUAUCUAGUCACCCAUGUGUAAUUACUGUUAAGGAAAUGGGUGCUGCCAGACAUUUUCUACGUACAACGAUUGCUGAUCAGUCACCAGAAGAAAGAUUCCGAAUCCUUCAACCAACACUUGAGAUUAACCCUAGUCACUCUUUGAUCAAACAGCUGAACAAAUUGCAGUCCAGUGACCCAUAUUUGGCUAAACUUUUAGCGGAACAGUUGUAUGACAACGCCAUGGUAACAGCAGGAUUACUGGACGACCCACGAUCAAUGGUGUCAAGGUUGAACCAGCUUCUUGAGAAAGCUCUGGAAAAAGUAUGAUAACACGCAGGAGACAUUGAUAAUACAAACUUUACAGUGUGAAAAAAUAUGUGUGAUAUAAAAUGUAAUAUCAUAACUUUAUGAUGUGUAUAUGUGGGAUGUAUGUCUCACUCUGAAGGUAGAAUGUCCGAAAAUUGCCUUCGGGAUGUACCGAAAUUUUAAUAAGGCUUAUGAUUUUUUACACAUGAAAAUAGGACAAGACUUCUGAACUACAUUAUGUUCCAGAAGCUUUUCUUGUGUACUGGAAUAGUAAAUAGUGGAAGGAGAAUAAAACAUAGUUAUAUACUUAAGGCUAGUUGCUUUAUAAACAUUGCAGAUUGAAAAUCACAAGUACCAAAAUGGUACAGUUAAGUCCCUUAUAUUUUUAGGAAGUCUUUAAUUUAGAAUAUUUAUUGAUAAAUGUUUCCUGUCAUGUAUCAUCUUAAGUGCAGGUAUAGUGUUUUAUAAAACAAAAUGUCUUGUUAUCUCAAAUUGAGAAAUUUCAUAUUCAUAAAUUACCCAGCUGUGGUGGCCUCAUUGAUAAGGUGCCUGUCCUGCAGUCAGGAGGUCAAAGGUUCAAGUCUCAUCAGAGUUUGAUCUUGUUAAUGGAAGAGUGACAGGUUGGUGAGCCACGUAGAUACUGCUUACUACCUAGCCUUAGUAAAUAGGAAUUAGAAGAAAUUGAUGUGAAGUGUCUGUAUGACAGGUGUCUCAUAAGCCAACAUGGUUGGCUGUUCAGUAAGGGCAGUUCUAAAAGUAAUAAACACUUUUUUUUUUUUACUUUAAUGUUGUAAAAUAGUAUUGGCUAUAUCAGAUAUUUCAUAAUACUCAUUUUAACUGUUCAUUGAUCAUUAUUCAGAGCGAAGGACUCAAAAAAAUAAAGUGUAAAUCCUCAUGUUAGCUUCCAGUUGGGCAUGUACACAUACAAAUGUUAUGGUAUACUACUUAAAAGAUCAUAAUUGUUUAGUAUUUGCAUGAUGUAGAUUUGUAUGAAAAAGUAAGUAAAAUGUCUGUUUGUUGCAUACUGUAUAUUAUUAAUAAUACAUUGUAUGUUAUUAAAUAUUACAUACAUGUUUUCAUUAAUCUCCAUGUUCUUACAGUAAGACCAGAGACUUCACUUAAUUUCCAUUUUGGGGUGUAUAUUUGAUAGGAUGUGUUUAACUUCUUUUAAAUCUGUUAUUGUGUUAAAACUGUUUAUAAUUUUGAGAUAUUUUCAAUUGAUAAAGUCUUAGGGAAAACAAAUUUAUAUCAUUUAUAAGACUUAGUGUAGAUUUGUAUGUAAUAAAAAGAUGCCUAAACUAAUGCAUCUAGAAAUACACAUCUGCUUUGUUCACAGAAGUAAUAUGAGCCGCACCAUGAGAAAACCAACAUAGUGGCUUUACGACCAGCAUGGAUCCAGACCAGCCUGCGCAUCCACGCAGUCUGGUCAGGAUCCAUGCUGUUCGCCAACAGUUUCUCUAAUUGCAAUAGGCUUUGAAAGCGAACAGCAUGGAUCCUGACCAGACUGCGUGGAUGCGCAGGCUGGUCUGGAUCCAUGCUGGUCGUAAAGCCACUAUGUUGGUUUUCUCAUGGCACGGAUCAUAUGUUUUAACACUGCAGAACUUGUGCAUAUUUUUCUAAACAAAUCUUCAGUGGUGUUCUUACAUACUGAUACAUGUAGAAUUAUUGCAAAAAAAAUCUGCAACUGAGAAUAUAUCUAUGUGAUUGUUUCAUAACUAAACAUAGGAGCUAGGGACUGGCCCAUUUUUAGCUCACCUGUCACAAAGUGACAAGGUGAGCUUUUGUGAUCGCGCAGCGUCCGUCGUCCGUCCGUCCGUCCGUGCGUGCGUGCGUAAACUUUUGCUUGUGACCACUCUAGAGGUCACGUUUUUCAUGGGAUCUUUGUGAAAAUUGGUCAGAAUGUUCCCCUUGAUGAUAUCUAGGUCAAGUUCGAAACUGGGUCACGUGGGGUCAAAAACUAGGUCAUUAGGUCUAAAAAUAGAAAAACCUUGUGACCUCUCUAGAGGCCAUAUUUUUCAUGAGAUCUUCAUGAAUAUUGGUGAGAAUGUUCACCUUGAUGAUAUCUAGGUCAAGUUCGAAACUGGGUCAUGUGGGGUCAAAAACUAGGUCAGUAGGUCUAAAAAUAGAAAAACCUUGUGACCUCUCUAGAGGCCAUAUUUCUCAAUGGAUCUUCAUGAAAAUUGGUCAGAAUGUUCACCUUGAUGAUAUCUAGGUCAGGUUCGAAACUGGGUCACAUGCGGUCAAAAACUAGGUCAGUAGGUCUAAAAAUAGAAAAACCUUGUGACCUCUCUAGAGGCCAUAUUUUUCAAUGGAUCUUCAUGAAAAUUGGUCAGAAUGUUAACCUUGUUGAUAUCUAGGUCAAGUUCGAAACUGGGUCACGUGGGAUUAAAAACUAGGUCAGUAGAUCUAAAAAUGGAAAAACCUUGUGACCUCUCUAGAGGCCAUAUUUUUCAUGAGAUCUUCAUGAAUUUUGGUCAGAAUGUUCACCUUGAUGAUAUCUAGGUCAAGUUCGAAACUGGGUCACGUGGGAUCAAAAACUAGGUCAGUAGGUCUAAAAAUAGAAAAACCUUGUGACCUCUCUAGAGGCCAUAUUUCUCAAUGGAUCUUCAUGAAAAUUGGUGAGAAUGUUCAGCUUGAUGAUAUCUAGGUCAGGUUCGAAAUUGGGUCAUGUGCGGUCAAAAACUAGGUCAGUAGGUCGAAAAAUAGAAAAACCUUGUGACCUCUCUAGAGGCCAUAUUUUUCACGGGAUCUUCAUGAAAAUUGGUGAGAAUGUUCACCUUGAUGAUAUCUAGGUCAAGUUUAUAAGUGGGUCAUGUGCCUUCAAAAACUAGGUCAUUAGGUCAAAUAAUAGAAAAACCUUGUGACCUCUCUAGAGGCCAUAUUUUUCAAUGAAUCUUCAUGAAAAUUGGUCAGAAUUUUUUAUCUUGAUGAUAUCUAGGUCACAUGUGCUCAAAAACUAGGUCACUAUGUCAAAUAAUAGAAAUAACGACGUCAUACUCAGUUCAACACUGGGUCAUAUGGGGAUAGGUGAGCGAUUCAGGACCAUCAUGGUCCUCUUGUUGACAUAUGCUUGUCUACCCCAAUAUUUGACUGCAAAAUAUUGACUUUUAUAGAAAAAAGUUAAAUAAAGGUAAAAAGACCAAUCAUUCUACUUUUAAACAGAAUAGAAAUAGAACUAUACAUUUUUGAUAAAGUAUUUUUUUGAAGUAUAAUUAGAAAAAUGGAAAAUGCUUUUUUCUCAUUGGCCAAAGUUUUCAGGACAGCUCUUGAAGGUUACUGACCACCACUCAAAACUUUGAAAUUGCUCCUAUGCCUAUGAACUGUUAAAGUUUGUUGACUCGUGACUAGUUGGAUAUGUUACGAUGGAUAGCAAAAUAAUUUUUCUCAAAUUCUGAUUCUCAGCUCAUCAAGAUGGAAAGGAACCUUAGUUCUGUAUUUCUGUCUCUUGGAUGACAUGAUGUUUUGUUGUCUAAAGUUAUAUUCCUUUUCUACUGAAUGUCUAAAAUAACUUCUUGGGAAUAAAGGCUUAUUUUUUUGUCUACCAAAUAACUCAUAAGCCAACCAGAAAAAAUUAGAGAAGUGCUGACAAGUUUGGAGCAUUGUUUUAAAUAACUUGAUCAUAUACCAAUAAAUACAUGUAGUUAAUUUUCAUCAGUUUGUUCAAAAUCUACCUCAGCAAACAGAAUCUGAAUUUCACUCUUUUUUUUAUGCCCCCCUUUGAAAAAGGAGGGGUAUAUUGUUUUGCAGAUGUCGGUCGGUAGGUCGGUCGGUCGGUCGGUCGGAAUGUAGACCUAUCCGUUUCCGGAUGAUAACUCAAGAACGCUUGGGCCUAGGAUCAUGAAAGUUGAUAGGGAGGUUGGUCAUCACCAGUAGAUGACCCCUAUUGAUUUUGAGGUCUGUAUAUCAAAGGUCAAGGUCACAGUGACCCUGAAUAGUAAAACGGUUUCCGGAUGAUAACUCAAGAAGACUUGGGCCUAGGAUCAUGAAAGUUGAUAGGGAGGUUGGUAAUGACCAGCAGAUGACCCCUAUUGAUUUUGAGGUCAGUAUGUUAAAGGUCAAGGUCACAGUGACCCUGAACAGUAAAACGGUUUCCGGAUGAUAACUCAAGAACACUUGGGCCUAGGAUCAUGAAAGUUGAUAGGGAGGUUGGUAAUGACCAGCAGAUGAACCCUAUUGAUUUUGAGGUCAGUAUGUUAAAGGUCAAGGUCACAGUGACCCUGAACAGUAAAACAGUUUCCGGAUGAUAACUCAAGAACGCUUAGGCCUAGGGUCACAAAAAUUGAUAGGGAGGUUGGUCAUCACCAGCAGGUGACCCCUAAUGAUUUUGAGGUCAGUAUGUCAAAGGUCAAGGUCACAGUGACCAGGAACAAUAAAAUGGUUUCCAGGCAAUAACUCAAGAACGCUUGGGUCUAGUGUCAGGAAAAUUGAUAGUUAGGAUGGCCAUGACCAGCAGAUGACCCCUAUUGAUUUUGAGGUCAUUAGGUCAAAGGUCAAGGUCACAUUGGCCAGGAACAGUUAAAUGGUUUCUGAUCUUCUUGUCCAAAACCAUAGGGCAUAGGGCUUUGAUAUUUGGUAUGUAGUAAAAUCUAGUGGUCCUCUACCAAGAUUGUUCAGGUUAUUUUCCUGGGGUCAAAUAUGGCCCCACCCCUAGGGUCACAUGGUUUAUAUAGACUUAUAUAGGAAAAAACUUUGAAAAACCUCUUGUCCAAAACCACAGGGCCUAGGGCUUUGAUAUUUUGUAUAUGACAUCAUCUAGUGAUCCUCUACUAAGAUUAUUCAAAUUAUUUCCCUAGGGUCAAAUAUGGCUCCGCCCUGGGGGUCACAUGGUUUACAUAUACUUAUAUAGGGAAAAACUUGAAAAUCUUCUUGUCCAAACCGUCUAUGGCUUUGGUAUUUUGUAAUGUAGCAUCAUUUAGUGGUUCUCUACCAAGUUUGUUCAAGUUAUCCCUCUCGGGUCAAAUAUGGCCCUGCCUCAGAGGUCAAAUGGUUCAUAUAGACUUAUAUAGGGAAAAACUUAGAAUCUUCAUGUCCAUAACUUACAUCAUUCAAAUUUGGACCACAUGGACCACAUGUAUAGUUUUGAGAGGCAAGAUGAACCUUGACAUGAGUUGACCUUGAUCUUGACCUAGUGACCUACUUUCACAUUUUUGUACCUACAGCCUUCAAAUUUGGACCACAUGCAUAGGUUUGUGUACUGAAAAAAACUUUGACCUUGUUAUUGACCUAGUGACCUACUUCCACAUUUUUGAAGGUACAGGUUUCAAAUUUGGACCACAUGCAUAGUUUUUUGUUCCAAAAUAAAAUUUGACCUUGAUUUUGACCUAGUGACCUACUUUCACAUUUCUCAAGCUAAAGCCUUCAAAUUUGAACCACAAGGGUACUUUUGUGUACUGAAAUGAACUUUGAUCUUGAGAUUGACCUAGUGACCUACUUUCACAUUUCUGAAGGUACAUACUUCAAAUUUGGACCACUUGCAUAGUUUUGUGUUCUGAAAUAAAAUUUGACCUUGAUUUUGACCUAGUGACCUCCUUUCACAUUUCUCAAGCUACAGCCUUCAAAUUUGAACCACAUGCAUAGUUUUGUGUACCGAAAUGAACUUUGAUCUUAAGAUUGACCUAGUAACCUACUUUCACAUUUUUGAAGGUACAGGCUUCAAAUUUGGACUGCUUGCAUAUUUUUGUGUUCUGAAUUGAAAUUUUACAUUAAUUUUUAUCUAUUACCUACUUUCACAUUUCUCAAGCUACAGCCUCCAAAUUUGAAGCAUAUGCAUAGUUCUGUUUACCAAAAUGAACUUUACCUUGAAAUUGAGCUAGUGACCUGCUUUCACAUUUCUCAAGCCACCGCUUUCAAAUUUGGACCACAUACACAUUGUUUUGUACCUAAAUGAAAUUUGACAUUGAGUCUUGAAAUUUGGAACAUUCAAAAAUGGCUCAGCGGCUGGCGCAUAGAUCAAUCUGUAAUCUCUUGUUAGGUUAAUAGGUUAAAGGUCAAGGUCAGAUUAAACCAGAAUGGUAGUACUUUUGUUUACAGUGAGCAUAUAAUUUCUGUUCCUUGUGCAAUUACUAAAUGCAUCAAGGGGGGCAUUUCGUGUUCGACGAGCUCUUGUUUAAUUCUUAAUUUUUGAAGGAAAAAAAAUGUCCUUGCUUGUUACAAGGCUACCACAUAGCAAUUAUAAUUUGAUUUUGUAAACAUUUCUCCCAUAUAGGGGUUAUUUGGCGUGUGGUGUGUAGUUUCUUACUGCCACGAAGGAUUCCUUGCCACCAAUGUUAACAUUGUAACAAAUCUAGAACACAAUAUUGAUUAUGCUGGUUCAAGGUCAUGUUGCACAGCGAAGAUAAAAGUCAUAAUAGCCUGUUAACUCUGUAUUGUUUUACUGCUGGUAGGAUUUUCAAACUUAACAAGAAUGAGAUGACAUUCAGUCAUACUGGGUUGUUGUUGCUUAGGAGAUCAAAGGUCAAAUAGGGAAUAUUUGACAUCCAUUUUGUAUCUUGUCUGUCUUCCAACACAUCUGUGUCUACUGCGGCUAGGUAUUAUCCAUCAAUUCACCCUUCCAUUUAUGUUUAGCAAAUCAAGACCAGUGAUUGAGAUGUUGUGAAGAAUGCAUCUUUGGGUCAUGUUGGUUCAAGGUCAAUGUUGCAAGGUGGAAUCAAAGGUCAGACAGGAAUUAUUUUGUUUACACUAUCUUUUUACCCCUUGGAAAUUUUUUUUAACAAUUACAAUAAUAAGAUAAGACAAGUCUUUGGAAUGCAUUUUUCUAUGUUGUGUCAAGGCCAAACAAUGAGAUCAAAGGUCAAACAGGGAUUAUUUCAGGUCCACUGUGUAUCUUUUUAUCCAGUGAAAUUUAGUUGAGCAUUUUAACUUGUUCACCUUCCAACACAUUUAUGCAACUACAACCGGACUGGUAUUAACUCUUAAUUCACCCUUCCAUGUAAAUGAAGCCUUUUUGGGUGACACACUUUUUCAAAAUCAACCUGUAGUUUGUAAGGGAUAUGGCCAGCAAUUGGUUACUGUUUUUAUUUGUGUUAGAUGAAUGUAUGAAUAUAAUUUACUAGAAGUCUUUAUAAUUGUUACUAAUAAUUCCAGAAAAAAAAGUAUCUAUUAAUUGAGUGUGUUAUUAAGGAUUCAUUCUGACAGUGUAGAUUAGUAUGUGCUCAUUGAUAAUAAAAAAAGAAACAUUUCUA